GGGAGUAAAAAUUAAGAAGGCAUGUACGGACCCAGCAACUGAGACAUAAACCCGCUUUCAAAUAAAGCGACUCUUCACCCGACAACUCAGCCAUUCCAUUGCCUUCUCUCUUUUCUCUCACCAUACCCAUCCUCUCUCCACCGAAACCCAAUCUCUCAUAUCGCACCUCAAUCAAUUCACCGGUCGGUAUGGCUUUAGCCAACUUCUCUUCCUCUUCUAGAUCCAAUCUCCUUAAACCUCUUGCCCCCGUCUUGUCCUUCGCUGAGACUCUCCGCCGUCCGAUCUCCACCUCGACCGAUCCCCUCAUUAUCGAGACAUCUGUUCCCUUCACUUUUCACAAUUGCGAGCCUCCUUCCCGUUCUGUGGAGACCAAUCCCCAAGAGCUAAUCUCCUUCUUCCGCGGCAUGGCUACUAUGCGCCGGAUGGAGAUCGCCGCCGACUCUCUCUACAAGGCCAAGCUUAUCCGUGGGUUCUGUCACCUCUACGAUGGGCAGGAAGCGGUGGCUGUAGGGAUGGAAGCUGCUAUUACUAAAAAAGACUGCAUCAUAACAGCAUACCGGGAUCACUGUACGUUCCUCGGGCGAGGUGGGACCCUUCUGGAGGUCUUCGCGGAACUCAUGGGACGCCAGGCUGGGUGUUCGAGAGGGAAGGGUGGGUCAAUGCAUUUCUACAAGAAGGAGGCAGGAUUUUAUGGAGGACACGGGAUCGUAGGAGCUCAGGUGCCACUAGGUUGCGGAUUGGCUUUCGCGCAGAAGUAUUCUAAGGAUGAGACUGUGACGUUUGCUCUGUACGGAGAUGGUGCGGCCAAUCAGGGACAGUUGUUCGAGGCGCUUAAUAUCUCUGCUCUUUGGGAUCUGCCUGUCAUUUUGGUCUGCGAGAAUAAUCACUAUGGUAUGGGGACGGCAGAGUGGAGAGCUGCUAAGAAUCCGGCUUAUUACAAGCGUGGGGAUUACGUUCCUGGAUUGAAGGUAGAUGGCAUGGAUGCCCUUGCUGUGAAACAAGCAUGCAAAUUUGCAAAGGAGCAUGUCUUGAGGAAGGGACCAAUCAUACUUGAAAUGGAUACCUACAGGUAUCAUGGUCACUCCAUGUCUGAUCCUGGCAGCACUUACCGUACUCGUGAUGAGAUUAGUGGUGUGAGACAGGAACGUGACCCAGUUGAAAGGAUAAGAAAGGUGAUAUUAGCUCACGAUCUAGCUACAGAGAAAGAGCUAAAGGAUUUUGAGAAAGAAAUACGAAAAGAAGUAGAUCAAGCCAUUGCUCAAGCCAAGGAAAGUCCGAUGCCGGAACCCUAUGAACUUUUCACAAAUGUGCAUGUGAAAGGUUUGGGAACUGAGGCAUUUGGAGCAGAUAGGAAAGAAGUUAGAGCUGUACUUCCAUAAUGGAAUAUAUGUGGAAAAUGUUGAACCCUCCCCACUCUCAAAACCCUUUUACUCAACAAAAAUGAUCCAAUAUCAAAUAAAUGUUAGCAAGGAUGGUCUCUUCCAGGCAAUGAUUUUGUUUCACAUUUCUGUAUAGAAUACUGAUUCUUCUCAAGGUGUGGGGUGGAAAUGUUACUUUGUGUAGUUUUCUUUGGAGAAACUACAGUCGGAUAUCUGUGAUCAUCAAUCGAAUGGGUUGCUAAUGUGCUCUGGAAUACAAGAAUAUCCAUUGAUA